CACACCCUCGCACCGGCUGUCCAGAGUUGCUGCGCUGUGGUGCACGCCUGGCCUCCGCCCAAAACCUCCUGCCCACCCCAUGGCCUCCCUUGCGGGGUCUCGGGCCUUCCACCAUGCGCUGGUGUCGCCCGGGAGUGCCGGACGGUUGACCAGGGCGCAGUGGCGGGCGGUGUGUGCACCGCGCAACAACUGCCGGAGCCCGACUGCGCAACGGGAGUCACUGGCGGCCUCUUCAGCCACAGGCGUGGACCCGCAACCAGCUGGGGAGGAGCUCAUCGAUGAGGCCAGCACGUCAGGGCACAGCCACUGGAGGUCAGGCGCCACAGCGGCGGCGGCGCUAGCAGCUGCCGCCGUGCUGCUGCCGGCAGGAGCGGCGCACGCCAGCGGCCUGGCUAGCGAGGCAGCCGCCCCCGGCCUGCUAGAGUUCGUCAUCAAUUCUAUAGAGGCGCUGGGUCCCUGGGGCCCUGCUGCAUUUGUCGCCCUGGUGGCGCUCGCCGAAAGCAUCCCGCUGCUGCCCACCCAGCCCUUCUCGCUGGCCAGUGGGCUUUUGUUUGGGGCGCAGAAGGGCGCGCUGUGCAUGCUGUCUGGCACCACGCUGGCCGCGCUCCUCGCCUUCUCCAUCGCCCGCGGCAUUGGGCGCCCGCUGGCGGAGCGCAUCAUCAGCCACGAGCUGUCGGGGUCGGAGCUGUCGGGGGCCGAGUCCGACGGCGGCGAGGCCGGCCCGCCCCUCACCCCCGUGCAGCGCAAGCUGGCCGAGGUGCAGGCGGUGAUAGAGCGCGGCAGCUUCUGGCAGCAGGCGGGCGCGGUGCUGCUGCUGCGCAUGACGCCUGUGGUGCCCUUCUCCGCCUCCAACUACGUGCUCGGGCUGAGCCCGCUGCCCCUGGCGCCCUACCUGGCUGGCUCCGUCGUGGGCAUGGCCUUCUGGGCCGUGUUUUACGCCUCGCUGGGUGGCGCGUCGCGCUCCAUGCUGCUCCGCGGCGUGGACCCGGAUGUGCUGCUGGCAGACCUGCUGGACAAGGCUGGCGCGUACACGCGGGAGCUGGCGGUGGGGGGAGCGCUGCUGGGCACAGCGGCGCUGGUCUACUUGGGGGCGGGCGUGGUGCGGCAGCAGCUGGCGGGCGCCGACGGACCCGACAACGGCGCAGGCCCCGGCAGCCAGCUCGGCGUCGGCGGGCCAGCGGGCAAGGAGCUUGGCAGCGAGAUUGGCGGCGAGCUCAGCAGGGGCGCGGCGGUGGGCAAGGAGCUGGUGAGCAAGGGGCUCAAGGAGUGGCUGGGGCCCAGCGGCGGCAAGGACCUAGCAGAGUCGCGGGUCAAGGAGUGAGCGUGGCCCGAUCUCAUCUCAUCACCUGUCUUUCCGAUGCAUGCUCGCCCCCCCGCGGCUGGCGUGCGAGCGAGCGAGUGCGGGUGGGCAGCCCUCUGCAUUGUCUCCUGCUGCUUCUGCCCCGGUCCUGCACAACACUGUUCACAUUACCGCCACAGCACAUCUCAUCACGGAUAACUCACGACAUUUUGGCUAUCCCCUUUGCACCCCGCGUUUUGGUGGGCCGCGUCAUGCGUGCAUGCAAUCCUGUGCACACACUCUUCACGGUUCAGCGUUGUGGCGCCUUGCAGCUCACACAGGCCAAUUCACCUUUUUGUCUUCUUUUGCCCCACCAUGUACCAGUAACCUUGUUGCUCCCUUCCUUUGUUGCCUCUGCAAACUAAAAAAAGCGUGUUGUUUCGGGCUGUCGGGCGCCAUUUUGCCAGGCGGCGUUUCUUGAUUUCAUGUUGCCGCAUGGCAGACCUGUUGCGCCUUGGAACGGUCGCCUGCAAGUUACCUGUGUAACUCAAAACACAUC